AUGUCCGGACAGGAAGACCGUCUUAAAGCCUUUAUUACUCGCCAAAAGCAGUUGCUCCAAUCAGAGCGCGAUGCCGAGAUCGAGCGCAGCUCGCUGUUGCUGUCCAACUGUGGACCCAAGUUGCUCGAGCAAAAAGGGCUCGCUCUGAACGGUUUGGGUGUUGCCAGUAUCAAUAUCGGUCUAGGCGGCAAAACGCUGGUUGAAUUGGAACGACCCACAGCGUACCACACAUCCCCGAUCUUUCCUCCACAUACGUUCAGAAAUGGGGACCUGGCGCGUAUUGAAGCCCAUGUAGCAUCAUCUUCAUCGAACGGGCCGCCCAAGAAGACUAAGAAAACUGCUACCUCAUCUUCAGCGUCGACAGGCGAUGUUACCUCGAAUUCCGCUGAAGGAGUGGUCUACAAAGUAUCAGACACGAGGAUCGUAAUUGCCAUCGACCCGGCCAACACCUCCGACUCUGGAUUAGACCUACCUGAACGAUGCAGGGUCGUGAAGCUCGCCAACAGUGUCACAUAUGACAGGAUGGACAAGGCGAUUGAACGCCUUGAAAGGACUGUUCUACCAUCGGCAGACGGCAAACCUCCUCCGCCAGACUAUGUCCUGACGCCCCUAAUGCAAGUUUUGAUGUGCAUGAAGCCACUAGGACCACCUGCACAAAGAGGCGGCGUCGAGUUCUUCGAUCCGAACCUCAAUGAUAGCCAGAAAGAAGCUGUACGAUUCUGUUUGGCUGCUCCAGAGAUUGCUAACAGAUUGAUUCCACCAGGAACGGGUAAAACGCACACCCUCAUCGAACUCAUCCGCCAACUGACUAAACCCACACCGACCCAUCCGAAUGGACGGCGCCUUCUCGUAUGCGGUGCCUCCAACCUUUCGGUUGACAAUAUUCUCGAGAGGCUUCUGGACCUACCUUCUACGUCCUCGUCGAAGCCGCUGAAAGUGACGAGGAUAGGCCAUCCAGCGAGGGUGAUGGCGCAUGAAGGAAUUCUGGAUUCGACGUUGGAUGCUAAAUCGACGAGGACUGAUCAGGCUGCACUUGUCAAGGAUAUCAAGCAAGAGCUUGAAGGGUACCUGAACGUGCUCACCGGAAAAGGCGGCGGAAAGGCAGCCAAAGGCACUGCAGCUGCGGCUAACGCGAGCAAGGGCGGACGACCGAGGGGAGCAGAACGGAAGAAGAUGUGGGAGGAGGUGAAGGCUCUGAGGAAGGAAUUCAGGCAACGCGAGAGUACAAUCGUCCAUUCCGUACUCGCCGAGUCGCAGGUGGUGUUGGCCACUUGCCAUUCGGCUGGUGGAAGACAGAUGAGGAACGAAGAGUUUGAUGUGGUGAUUAUCGACGAAGCGACGCAAGCCAUGGAAGCUGUUUGUUGGGUUCCCAUCUUCAAAGCGAAGAAGUUGAUUUUGGCUGGUGACCCAAUGCAGUUGCCGCCUACCGUCCUGUCACUGGACGAGGAGAGGAAGAAGAGCAAGAAGGCGGACGGGGAGAAGGUUCCAGUGGUGAAGAAAGGGAAGGACGCGUCGGCAAAAGUGAAGAAGGGAGGAAAGAAAGAACAGGCUGUCGUCAAGGAAGAUGACGAGGGCAGUGCUGAGGGUCCCCCGGAUUCCGAAGACGAGGAGGAAGGGAGUGAGAUCGGUGACGAUAGCGAGAUCGAUGACGAAGAGGAGGAUACGCCCAAGCAAGCAUCGAAAGAUCCAAAAAGGAAACGGCAGGAGAGGAAGGUAGAGUUGACCCCUCCUCGGUCACUCGAAGUGACGCUGUUCGAACGGCUGGAGAAGAUGUAUGGAAGGAAGGUGAAGAGGAUGUUGACAGUGCAGUACCGGAUGCACAAGCAGAUCUGCGACUUCCCCUCAACCACGCUCUAUCGCUCGAAGCUGAUAUCGCACGACUCGGUCAAAGAGCACCUCCUCAAGGACCUUGUCACGUCUACAUCUGAAGAUGAAGAAGAGGUUCUCCAACAUCCUGUAGUCUUCUUCGACACGUCAGGAUGCGAAUACUUUGAACGACUCGACACUGGUGGGGAGGAUAUCAACCUCAAGGGUAAAGCAGCCAAAGUUGAGGAAGGUAGUAGAUGUAACGAGAAUGAGGCGAGUGUGGUGAGGAGUUGGGUGGAGAAGUUGGUUGAGAAUGGUGUUGAGCCGGGUCAGAUGGCUAUCAUUACUCCGUACCAAGCGCAGGUUACGCUUCUUACUUCGAUGCUUCGACCGGUGUAUGGACCCAGUUUGGAAAUUGGGACUGUGGAUGGAAUGCAGGGGCGGGAGAAAGAGGCUGUUGUUAUCAGUCUUGUGAGGAGCAAUGACAAGAGAGAAGUCGGAUUUUUGAAGGAAAAGAGGAGGAUGAACGUCGCGAUGACACGAGCACGGAGACAUUUAUGCGUGGUGGGCGAUUCGUCGACCGUUACUCAUGGAGGCAAAUACUUGAAGAAGUGGGUGGCUUGGUUGGAGGCCAACGCGGAUGUUCGAUUCCCAGAUGUCUGA